AAUAGUCUAGAUGUACAAUAUUUUAAAAUGGAUAUGUAUUUUUGUAAAUAUUAAAAAACAAUCCCUCUUGGCAUAGCAUUCGAGGUGGCUGGUUGGCCCAUAGGAAGCCCAGAACGGCCCGCCACCCGAGAACGUAGUUGGCAACCAACAACCGCGCAAGGUGCGCGCGCGCAUGCGGUCAGUCAAACUGACGCGGUCGAAGCGACGUAACGAUCGAUCGAUCGAUCACCCGCGGCGAGCCAACUCCACGUUCUCGCCGUCUCCACUAUUCCCUCCUCAAGACUCUAACCACCUCCACUCCUCGACGCGCACUUGUUAGCCAUCCCUCCCAAUGAAUUCGCUGCUCCUGGCACCGCCGAGCAAAUCUUUAGUUCUGCAACGGUGCUGAUCGGCUAGGAAGGCGUGGCGGCGAUGGCGAAUCUCGUUUCCUUUGUGCUGCUUCUUGCCCUCCUCGGCACAUUGUACCGCCGCGCCGGCGCCACCGCCUUUGAGGUCGGCGGAGACGACGGCUGGGUCGUGCCGCACUCCAAGGAGGGCGGCAUGUACAACCAGUGGGCGUCCAAGAACCGAUUCCUCGUCGGCGACAGCGUCCAUUUCAAGUACAAGAAGGACUCGGUGAUGGUGGUGACGGAGGACGACUACAACAACUGCCGGGCGUCGCACCCCAUCUUCUUCUCCAACAACGGCGACACGCAGGUGCAGCUGGACCGCGCGGGCCUCUUCUACUUCAUCAGCGGCGUCACCGGCCACUGCGAGCGCGGGCAGAGGAUGAUCAUCAAGGUCAUCGGCCGCGACGCGCCCCCGCCGGCGCCCCAGGCGGCUAGCCCGCCCCCGACGCCUCCCAGCCCACCGAACCCGAGCGGCGCCGCUCCAGGCACCAGCGUACUCGCCGGCACUAUUGCCGUCGCGGCGAUGGCAUUGCCGUUCGUGGUGCACGGUGUCUGAAUUAGAGAAGCUGGCAGGACUGCGUUCUUAGUUACGUUCAUCGAUAUAAUGCCCUAGUACUCUUUUCCAUCUUGUGUAUUCCAUUGUUCAUUAAGGUUGCGCAUCUUUCCCAGUUGGGAC